AUGGCAAAGGUCUUUACAGACGACGGAGACCUGACAGAGCUCUCAAUGGAAAUGACAUUGGUGGUUGUCAAGCGCUGUGUCAGAGAGAUUCGCGAGCGAGGUCUGACCACGAAGGGGAUCCUUCGCCAGGUUCAGAUGGGCUACAAUCAGAAAGUGGUCAUGGAUACGAUACGGAUGAUCUUGGACGAUGAUGCCAGCACAGAGCUUUCGCCACUACAUCGAGUUGACAUUCAUUUGGUAGCUCAUGCUAUGAAAUGGGCUAUCCGUAGCUCAGAAGAAACCCUAGUUAAAUAUACAGAUUAUCAGACACUUUAUCUUGAUCAAGACCGAAGCUUCAGUUGCUUUGUGCGUGGCUUGCCGCCGACCAAUCGUGCUAUCCUACUAGACCUCUUCUCACUUUGCGCAGAUGUCACAUUGCUCGCCCAUCUCAACAAUAUGACACUUGUCACCGUUGCCAAGGCCAUCUCGCUCAGUAUCAUGGCCGAGCCAGAGCAGUUUUCAACUUUUGAUGCAUCUUUACAGCAGCGUAAUUUGUGGGGUGCUGCCUGUGAGGACUUACUUCGUGCUUUCCUUCGUAUCAAAACCACUCACGACCUGGCAAAGAUUGAACAAGAAGACGAUAUCGACGAAAACCGUUAUGUUGAUAAUAUCACUCGUAAGGUGAAGAGCGCACGCCAAAGGAAUGAGGUUGGACCCACCACUGGCUCCCUUAAUCGCUCUGGCAGCGGGGUCUAUGACCCUGCAGCCACUCCACGAUCCGCAUCACCGCAUUCUCUAGCAAAGUCCAACUCGACACGCUCAGGACCAAUAACACAAUUACCCUUUUAUGACCAAGAAUACGAAGAGAUUAUGCAAGAUCAGGCCCAUUUAAGUUAUCUUCGCCGCCAAUCAAGGAACUCGCAGUUGUUGCGCCCCGCAGAUAGGAAUCGUCGUCGUUCUUCCGUGGGCGAUGUGGAGAGUCUAUACAUGUUGCCUGUUGAUACGUCCACAGAUGGUUACGAAUCAGAACCAGAGCCAUCUCUUGAAGGACUUGCUCCGGACUUUGCAGGUGAUCUAGAUUGGGACUUUACAAAGAUGGAUGCCCUUCAUGCAGAGGAGUUGCCGUCCUCAUCUCCCUCACAGUGCACGAGUAUCUAUCGAUCCAACAGCAUCAGUAGCAUUGACAGCGCAUCAACCAAAGUAGGACAAGCCCCACCAUCACCUAUGAUCUCGGGAGUUCCCUCAAAGCGUUCAUCAAAUUCAGCAUCUGCCCUACAGCAAGGCCAGACUGACGCUAGCUCGUCUCCAUUUUUGUCCCCAUUAUCCUCAACGCAGCAGUCUGCAAGCGCAAAGGUCCGUAUUGUUCUGGACCAUGCCUCCCCUUCUAUGAGCCCUCAACGUGCCAAACGAAGCUCUCUUCUACGCCGUUCAGUUUCACUGGAUCCACACACUAUGCAUGGCCGAGUACACAAGAAACCAAAUGAACUCCGACAGGAAAUCCUUACACGAGAGCUGGCAGUCCAGGCAGAGCGAUCUCAGGUUGCUGAGGAUAUUCGUACGCAGUUGUUGCAGGUUAAAAAUGACGAAGACCAGAGUAUUCCAUCUCCUACCAGUUCCACUUUUUCGUUUGAAUCAGCGUCGCAGGAUCUGGAAAGACCUGCGAUCCCUUCAAGGAGCGCUUCACAGGGCCUUGGACGAUCCUAUUCCAAAACCAUCGCCAAGUCCGCAAAGACGAAUGCUAAGCUAGGGGCUAAUGAUGGCCUUCACUCAAAGAAAUUAUCAGUUGGAAAUACAAAUGAGCUUACAUCUGCUCCCAAUUCCUCAAACGCCUCCAUUAUCUCCCAGUCUUCAUCAUCCAGUGAUGAAUACAAGCCCGAAGUUGUCUCUCGUCCCAAAGAUGGCGAAGUUAGCGUACACUUUACUCCCAUCGCGCCUCUUCCCCACAAAUCCAAAUUCCAAGAGAGCCUUUCUGAACAGCCAAUUUCUCCGCCUCCGGGCUACACUCAAGGUCUAUACCAAUAUAAAGAUACUCAUAAAAAGUCUCCUAGCACAAAGGGUGGUCAAAGCGGUACUUCUUCACCAAUACAGUCCCAGCCUGUUAGUCGAUCUAAUAGUAGGAGCCAGCCCAAUCAGCAUUCGGCGUCUACAACUCCUCUUCAACAAGUUGUUGGAUCCUCUUCAGCAUCUUCACAUAGCUCUGAAAGCAAGUCCAAGGCCGCGGGAUUUAUCCGUGCGCUUUCUUACAAGCUUCGCUCAAAGCCAAGUGAGGAGCAGCUCAAAUCUUCCAAGACGAAUAAUCAAGUCGUAGGAGGUUCCCCGCCACCUCCACCACCCCCACCACCUCCAUCAUUUUCAAUCCAGCCUCCCCGCCUUGAACUCAGCUUUUUGGGCAAUACUGGCAUAUCCAAUGCGGGCAGUUCAGAGGACAAUCUGCCUCCUACAUCUGCGCCUGCUACAAUGCUUCAUGCGCGCUCCAAUUCUGGAUCGAGCACCUUAGGAAGUUGGAGACGUGCAGCUCAAGAUUCAUUACCAGUCCCUGCGACAAGUACAGAUCAUCUAGGAGUUGGUCCUCCCAAAGGAACCAGUCCCGGUAAUGUCAAUACUAAGCAACAGCGUCGAAGAAGCAAGACCGUAACAGCAUCUGACGAACGUAGCCCACAUCGGAGUGCGAGUGAACGGACCCUGUCUGAGAGUUCAUAUACUACAGAUGAUAGCGGAUCUGUAAAGGAUAGUUCCAAAAAGGACGGUCUCCAAUCCUCAACAACAGAUCCCAAGAAGGCUGGCGAACGAGAGUACCGAUUCUCGACUGCUACGCUUUUGAAGGAUGCCAGUACUGCAAUCAAGGCUCUCGAAUAUCGGCCAGAAUGCGACGGCUCCAAAGGCACGAUCCUCGACAUCAAAACCUUUGACGACGACCCCAGUCAUGGCGAAGUCUCCAAUUACGGGUGCAGUCUCAACAACAUCGACGCUCUCGCCAAAGCUGUUGCCUUACCCACGUCCUUCCGAUUGGGACCACAGUAA